GGCGGUCUCGGGCCCGGCAGCUGCGGCGAAACCUGGCGCCGAGAGGGGGGCCUUCUCAGGGCCCUGGGACGCAUCCGUGGGUUCCUGGGGGCGUCAGUGGGGCGUCUCCGAGAGGACUGGGGGCGUCCCUGGGCCUAGACCGAGCCUAAGGCCUGCCCUCCAUCAUAUAGCUGGCCUGGAUCGUGUCUGUAGACACUGUAGAUUGUCUUUAUGGGCUGACCGGGGACUAGGGUCUGGUUAGAGGGUUCUGGGGCCAUCUUGAGAUCUUGAGAUAUAUCCCAGGGGUGAAGGAGGGUCUGCAAGACCUGAGGAGUAUCUUCAGAGCCAUCUAGAGCGCCUGGGGUAUGUCUGUUAGGGCUGGAAAGAGUCUACCUGGGCUGGCCUGAGGAUGCAACUGGUCUGCAUAGGUCUGGGGCCAUUUAUCAGGCCUAGAAUAACUGCCAAGGGCUAGGAAGUCUUAGAGCCCCCUAGGGGGUUGGGAUAUGUCCACCAGGGGAGGGCGUCAAAUAUUGAGAUGUACUGAGGGUCUGGGGUCUCCAGGGUAUGGGUAGUGUCUAAUAAUGGGUGACAGGAGGCUGGGGGCAGUUAGAAGGACCUGGAACUAUCUAGAUGGCUUGAAUGUGACUGCAGGAAUGCAGUUUUUAUGCCUGGAGCAAAUUCGAAUGCCUUUAGGGUCGGAUCAGCUUGUGGCGAAUAAUACAGAAAGAGAAUGAGGAAAUUUUGCCCAGCUUAGAUAUACUUGCCCUUCAGAAAGUGAUUCAAAUGAAAAAUGUUUUAAAAUUCUGCAUUACCCUGGGGGUUAUUGAGAGAGUUAGAAUUAAUCUGCUUGAGGCUGGAAGAGUCUGGAGGGUCGUCUAGACCCACUAUUACACUGCUUUUCAAACCAUGUUGACCGUGAUCUGCAUUAAGAUACAUUUUUUCAUUAAGACCUAGUACAGACAAUCAUAAUGUAUUUGACAUUAUAUAACAUAAUGUGUUAACAUUAACUCACCUUCCACAAAUUGACAUUUCCACUUACUACUUGCGAUGUGCUGCGAAGAACUAUUUUGUUCUAUGUACUUUUUAUAACAAGCUAUUUGUGAAGCACUAAACUGGUAUAUGGCCCUGUUGUUGGGGAAACCACUGAUCCAGACAGGACCUAGCAGUAUCUGCAGAGCAUUCUUCUGUCCAAAAGAUCUAAGUAGCUGAGGGUGUGUCUGCAAAGCCUGGUGCUGUCUAAAUGAGCAAGCAAGCAUCUUUGUAUACUGCAGAGGGUUUGGGGAUCCCUGAGCCUGUAGUCAGCAGAUGUUGAUUAAGCUUCUCAUAUGUGACAGUCACUGUUCUAGGUAGCAUGUGCUUCCCCGGGAGGUGCUGGAGAACAGUCCCAGGACCAGGAACUGCCCACAGGGCUGAGCAUAUUGAGUGUUGGUAAAAGAGGCUGGGAUGUAAUAGACUAUCAGGGUUGGGUGUGUCUUAGGAAGUUAGGAAUUAGGUGGACCUGGGAGGCUGCAUGUAGAGGCUUGGCAUGGUUUGCAAAUCUAUAUGGGAUGUAGAACAGGACCAGGGUCUUGUCUUUGCAGGAAUGCUGUGGGGGAAGCAGGGAGGCAGAUGUAGGGGAAACCUGAGCUUUAAGGGCUGAUAGUGUCAUUCCUGUUCAUCCGUAUUGAGCACUUGAGGUACUCUAACUGUGUGGCAGAAGUCAGGCUUUCAAUAUUCACAGCCAUUCUCUGAGAUAGAUACUCCUGUUUCGUGCAUUUACAAUGAAGCAUACUGAGUUGUGGGUUAGGGAUUUUGAAGCUUUCUAGGAAUUUUGAGAUUGGAUAUUGUCUUACAAGUAGCAGAUUUGACAGUCGUGGGGAAGCUUACAGCUGAAAUCUUCAUAUUUUUCUGAAGCCCUAAUCAAGACAUCCAUCCGUUUAAUGGAUGAUCUUUCAACUGCCUGACUGGGGAAUCAUAUCAAAGAAUUUCCAUGACAUUGCAAAGGCUUUGGGCAGAUGGCAAUAAGUAAAUGCCUCCUAUAAAGUUUCCCUUCAGCAUGCUUUUCUGAAGUUUAGCGUUUUCAUUUUAAAAAUGGCAUAGUGGUUUUGCAGAUCACUCAGUGAAGUUUCCAACUUAGGUAUAUAAAUAAAAUUUGGGGGUUUUCCUCACCAUCGAGGACAGUUGAUGCUCUAGGAAGCUGUGUGGUGUUCGAGGCAUGGCGUUGAAUAUUGCCCAGCACAUUGGCCUUGGGAAAGGUGACCAUGGAGGAAGAAGAUGAGUCUCGUGGGAAGACGGAGGAGUCGGGCGAGGAUCGGGGUGAUGGUCCGCCAGACAGAGACCCCACGCUUUCUCCUUCUGCCUUUAUCCUGCGAGCCAUCCAGCAGGCUGUGGGAAGCUCCCUGCAGGGGGACCUGCCCAAUGAUAAAGAUGGCUCUCGGUGUCAUGGCCUUCGAUGGCGGCGCUGCCGGAGUCCACGGUCAGAGCCCCGUUCCCAGGAAUCAGGGGGGACUGACACAGCUACUGUGUUGGACAUGGCCGCGGACAGCUUCCUUGCCGGGCUGGUGAGUGUCCUGGAUCCCCCGGAUACCUGGGUUCCCAGCCGCCUGGACCUGCGGCCUGGCGAAAGUGAGGACAUGCUGGAGCUGGUGGCUGAGGUCCGAAUCGGGGACAGAGAUCCCAUUCCUCUGCCUGUGCCCAGCCUGCUGCCCCGUCUCAGGGCCUGGAGGACAGGCAAAACGGUUUCUCCACAGUCGGACUCCUCUCGGCCUGCCUGUGCCCGUCACCUCACCUUGGGCACGGGAGACGGGGGCCCUGCCCCACCCCCUGCCCCCUCCUCUGCAUCCUCCUCCCCUUCCCCUUCUCCCUCAUCUUCCUCCCCUUCCCCUCCCCCGCCCCCACCGCCCCCUGCACCCCCAGCCCCGCCUGCCCCCCGAUUUGAUAUCUAUGACCCCUUCCACCCCACCGACGAGGCCUACUCUCCACCGCCUGCUCCGGAGCAAAAGUACGACCCCUUCGAGCCCACUGGCUCCAACCCCAGCUCAUCAGCCGGGACCCCCUCACCUGAGGAGGAAGAGGAGGAGGAGGAAGAGGAAGAAGAAGAGGAAGAGGAAGAAGAGGAGGAGGAAGAAGGCCUGUCCCAGAGCAUCAGCCGUAUCUCGGAGACCCUGGCAGGCAUCUACGAUGACAACAGCCUGAGCCAGGACUUCCCAGGUGAUGAGAGCCCCCGCCCGGACCCGCAGCCCACACAGCCGCCUCCGGCCCCUGGAACGCCGCCCCAGGCGGACUCCACCCGGGCUGAUGGAGCCACGCGCCGGCGGGUCUUCGUGGUGGGGACUGAGGCGGAAGCCUGUCGGGAAGGCAAGGUCUCGGUGGAGGUGGUGACCGCUGGUGGAACCACCCUCCCGCCGCCCCUGAUGCCACCCGGCGACUCGGAGAUCGAGGAAGGCGAGAUCGUCCAGCCGGAGGAGGAGCCCAGGGUGGCGCUGUCCCUCUUCCGCCCGGGUGGCCGGGCCGCCCGGCCUCCGCCUGCCGCCUCGGCCACCCCCACGGCCCAGCCCCUUCCCCAGCCUCCCGCUCCCCGGGCCCCCGAGGGGGACGACUUCUUGUCCCUGCAUGCGGAGUCCGACGGCGAGGGUGCCCUGCAGGUGGACCUGGGGGAGCCGGCCCCUGCGCCGCCCGCCGCAGACUCGCGCUGGGGCGGCCUGGACCUGCGCCGCAAGAUCCUGACCCAGCGGCGGGAGCGCUACCGCCAGCGCUCGCCCUCCCCGGCGCCCGCGCCUGCCCCGGCCGCCGCUGCUGGUCCGCCAACGCGCAAGAAGUCCAGGAGGGAACGCAAGCGUAGCGGCGAGGCCAAGGAGGCCGCCUCGUCCUCGUCGGGCACCCAGCCUGCGCCUCCCGCCCCGGCCUCGCCCUGGGACUCUAAGAAGCACCGCUCGCGGGACCGCAAGCCCGGCUCUCAUGCCUCGUCGUCGACCCGCCGCCGUUCCCGCUCCCGCUCCCGCUCCGCCCGCCACCGCUCGCGCAGCACCGACCGCCGCCGAGGGGGCAGCCGCAGGUCGCGGUCCCGGGAGAAGCGGCGGCGGCGGCGGCGCUCCGCCUCCCCGCCCCCGGCCACCUCCUCAUCGUCGUCCUCGAGGCGCGAGCGGCACCGCGGGAAACACCGGGACGGUGGCGGCAGCAAGAAGAAGAAGAAGCGGUCACGGUCCCGGGGUGAGAAGCGGUCUGGGGAUGGCAGCGAGAAGGCCCCGGCGCCCGCCCCGCCACCCUCCGGCUCCACCUCUGGUGGUGACCGCGACAGCCGCCGCCGGGGGGCCGUGCCACCCUCCAUCCAGGACCUUACGGACCACGACCUCUUCGCCAUCAAGCGGACCAUCACGGUGGGCCGGCUUGACAAGUCCGACCCCCGAGGACCUUCUCCUGCCCCGGCCUCGUCACCUAAGCGGGAGGUCCUGUAUGACUCCGAGGGACUGAGCGGCGAGGAGCGGGGCGGCAAGAGCAGCCAGAAGGAUCGGCGCCGCUCGGGGGCUGCCUCCUCCUCCUCCUCCUCCCGGGAGAAGGGGUCUCGUCGGAAGGCGCUGGAUGGGGGUGACCGGGAUCGGGACAGGGACAGAGAUAGGGACAGGGACAGGUCAUCCAAGAAGGCCCGGCCCCCCAAGGAGUCGGCACCUUCCUCAGGGCCCCCGCCAAAGCCACCGGUCAGCAGCGGCUCAGGCUCUUCAUCCUCGUCGUCAUCCUGUUCUUCCCGGAAGGUGAAGCUGCAGUCCAAGGUGGCGGUGCUCAUCCGCGAAGGUGUCAGCAGCACCACCCCCGCCAAGGAUGCUGCGUCGGCCGGCCUGGGCUCCAUCGGCGUCAAAUUCAGCCGCGACCGCGAGAGUCGCUCCCCCUUCCUCAAACCCGAGGAGCGGGCCCCCACUGAGAUGGCCAAAGCAGCUCCGGGCAGCACCAAGCCCAAAAAGACCAAGGUCAAGGCCAAGGCAGGGGCCAAGAAAGCCAAGGGGACCAAGGGAAAGACCAAGCCAUCCAAAACCAGGAAAAAGGUCCGCAGCGGAGGUGGCAGCGGGGGCAGUGGCGGCCCGGUGUCGCUGAAGAAGUCCAAAGCGGAUAGCUGCAGCCAGGCAGCAGGCACCAAGGGGGCGGAGGAGACUUCGUGGUCUGGUGAGGAGCGGGCAGCCAAGGUUCCUAGCACCCCGCCCCCCAAGGUAGCCCCACCACCCCCUGCCCUCACUCCAGACUCGCAGACCGUGGACAGCAGCUGCAAGACACCCGAGGUCUCCUUCCUGCCUGAGGAGGCCACUGAGGAGGCUGGGGUCCGAGGUGGGGCAGAGGAGGAGGAGGAGGAGGAAGAAGAGGAGGAGGAAGAGGAAGAGGAGGAGGAGCAGCAGCCUGCCACCACUACGGCCACUAGCACCGCUGCAGCCGCCCCUAGCACUGCCCCCAGUGCGGGGUCCACAGCCGGUGACUCGGGGGCGGAGGACGGGCCAGCUUCCCGUGUCUCCCAACUGCCCACGCUGCCCCCGCCCAUGCCCUGGAAUCUGCCGGCUGGUGUGGACUGCACCACCAGCGGUGUCCUGGCCUUGACUGCACUUCUCUUCAAGAUGGAAGAAGCCAACCUGGCAAGCCGAGCGAAGGCCCAGGAGCUGAUCCAGGCCACCAACCAGAUCCUCAGCCACAGAAAGCCACCCUCAAGUCUGGGGGUGACCCCAGCUCCUGUGCCCACCUCUUUGGGUCUGCCCCCUGGCCCCUCCAGCUACCUGCUUCCUGGCAGCCUCCCUCUGGGGGGCUGCGGUUCAACUCCCCCCACCCCCACCGGGCUGGCUGCCACGUCUGACAAGAGAGAGGGCAGCAGCAGCUCUGAGGGCCGUGGGGACACAGAUAAGUAUCUGAAGAAGCUGCACACACAGGAGCGGGCGGUGGAGGAGGUGAAGCUGGCCAUCAAGCCGUACUAUCAGAAGAAGGACAUCACCAAGGAGGAGUACAAGGACAUCCUGAGGAAGGCCGUCCACAAGAUCUGCCACAGCAAAAGUGGGGAGAUCAACCCGGUGAAGGUGAGCAACCUGGUGCGGGCCUACGUCCAGCGCUACCGCUACUUCCGCAAGCACGGUCGCAAGCCAGGGGACCCCCCAGGGCCCCCACGGCCGCCCAAGGAGCCAGGGCCCCCGGACAAGGGUGGCCCGGGCCUGCCCCUGCCCCCUCUCUGAGAGCCCUGGCCAGCUCUUCGCCCCUCGCCUCUUUGAAAUUCUGGACAUAUUUAUGGCUCCACCUCCCCACCUCCCUCCCCCAUCAGUGGGAUGAUUGGGGGAGGGUUGCUGCAGGGAAGAGGAGAGCCCCCUGCCCUUCCCUGCCCCGUGCCCACCCCCUUUGCCCCCAAGCCUGUCCCCAGUGCCCCUCCCUUCUGUUCGUGCCCCUCUCCCCAAUUUCAUUAAAGAUUUCAUGAAACAUUA